AGAAUGGAAUGGCGAGCUACGGAGCAUUUGUGAGGUUUGUGCGUUGUUGAGAUUUUUCAGAAAAAAGGGAAUGUUUGUCUGGAAGAAUAUCAGUGAAUUGGAAAAAUUGAACGUAUGUUAUGCACUGUAGCUUCACUUCUCCAAGAAAAUGAUACAUGAAGACCUCGAUUUUAAACACUGAAUUACCAGCGGCGCACAACGCUGAAGCAAUUGGAAUGUUUUGUACUGGCGAUGGGAUGUUAUCAAAUAUAUUGGUGGUUAACUUGGCAACUGGUGCAUUGUCUAUCCCUAUUCUGGUCUGUGGUUUCUGGACAAAUUCGUUAUUCGAUUCCCGAGGAGCUACAACCAGGCGCCUUUGUUGGAAAUAUUGCAGAUGAUCUGGGAAUACGUGCAAAGCAGCUCACGGCUCGCAAUUUUCGUGUUGUGUCUGGUCCCCGGAAGCAGUAUUUGGAGGUAAACUUAAACAAUGGGAAUUUGUUUGUGAAAGAAAAAAUUGACAGGGAACAGCUCUGUGGAUCAGGCCUCACUUGCACGUUGUCUUUGGAGGCGGUGAUCGAGAAUCCCUUGACUGUGUAUCACCUUGAAGUGGAGAUUCUUGAUGUAAACGACAAUGCUCCCAGUUUUCCGAACAGCCAGUUUCGCCUUAAAAUCUCCGAGCUUACCGCACCGGGAGCGCGCUUUGCCAUGGAGUACGCGCGCGAUCCGGACGUUGGAACUAAUUCCCUGCAAACGUACCAACUGGUUCCUAACGAAUAUUUCAUACUGCAUGUUGAUUCGCGAGGCGGGGACGGAAAGUUGCCAGUGUUAGUGCUGGAACGGGCCUUAGAUAGAGAAAUACAAUCGACCCAUCGGUUAGAACUAAUUGCCAAGGACGGCGGGGUUCCUCCCAAAUCAGGUACUGCUGAAAUUAUAAUUGUCGUGCAGGAUGAGAAUGACAAUGCACCCAUCUUCCCAAACUCAGUCUACACAGUUAGUCUGUUAGAAAACUCACCCAAAGGAAAGUUGGUUAUUAAACUGAAUGCUACUGAUAUAGAUGAUGGAUCCAAUGGAGAGAUAUUGUACUCGUUCAGCAGUCAUACCUCUGUCAGAGUCCGUGAGCUAUUCAGUGUGGAUUCUAAAACUGGGGAAAUCAGAGUUAAAGGGACUUUGGACUAUGAAAAAGACAACGCCUUUGAGAUUAACAUGCAAGCGCUGGACCAGGGAAUUAAUCCAAAUCCCGGGUACUGCCACAUUUUAGUUAACAUUAUUGACGUGAAUGAUAACGCACCUGACGUGACUCUAACCUCGUUGUUCAGUCCCAUUAGGGAAGACUCCAAACCCGGGACUGCGGUUGCUCUGAUCAGUGUAUCCGACAAAGAUUCAGGAGAGAAUGGACGGGUAAACUGUGAAAUAGCAAAUAGCCUUUCAUUCAGAUUAGAUUCAUCAUUAAACAACUAUUACAGGUUGCUGAGUCAUCAGCUGCUAGAUCGAGAAAAUGUUUCGACGUAUGACAUUAGUAUUCGUUGCAGUGAUUCAGGAUCUCCUCCUCUGACAUCCAGGAAAACAAUUCGCGUGGAAAUCUCGGAUACAAACGACAAUGCGCCACGCUUUACGCAGACUUUGUAUACAGCCCAGGUGAUGGAGAACAACGCUAUUGGGUCUUCAAUCUUCGCAGUAACAGCUCUUGAUCCAGAUUUGAACCAAAAUGCCCGAUUAAUCUACUCUAUCCUCGACAGCCAGGUUCAGAACGAGCCGGUGUACACUUAUUUGAGUAUCAAUUCCAAAAAUGGGGUGAUUUAUUCUCAGAGAACUUUUGAUUACGAGCAACUGAGAAACUUUCAGGUCCAAAUCCAGGCACGGGACUCCGGAGAGCCACCACUCACAAGCAACACUUCCGUGGAUAUAAUUAUUCUGGACCAGAAUGACCACGCCCCAGUGAUCAUUCACCCUUCCAUGGAGUACGGUUCAACAGCAUUGGAGACAGUGUCAAAGUUCGCAGAGCCAGGCUACCUGAUCACUAAGGUAACAGCAACGGAUGCUGACUCAGGCCAGAAUGCUCGACUGAAUUAUCAGAUUCUUCAGUCUACUGAUUCUGGACUUUUCACUAUCUCACCUGAUACAGGAGAAAUUUGGGUAGUCCGUGGCUUCACGGGCAGAGAUGCAAAGAAACAAACGAUAGUCGUGACCGUCAGCGACAACGGAACACCAAUGCUCUCUGCCACAAUGACUCUUAUCUUGUCACUGGUGGAGGGCGAUGCAGAAAUGCUCUCUGAUAUGAGUAAUUUAUCUGCCGAUUCUGGUUUGUCUAAACACACUAGUUUUUACAUAGUUAUAUUUUUAGGGAGUAUUUCGGCCAUUUUCCUACUUGUUUUAAUUGCUCUUGCAAUUGCAGUCCAUAAAACCAGAAAUGGGCGCGGUGGCCCUCACUGUGCCCUGGAUUUGUGUUGCUGCUUCCGAGCAAGGAACUCGUUGAAUGGGAUUCAAAAAGCCAGCAGAAAUAUUCAAAUACCUCCGAACUACAUUGAAGUGUUUGGGGGAGAUCCACUAUCUCAGAGUUUCCGGUAUGGAACAUGCACGACUUCAGAUUUGACCAAAGGAAAGUUCUUGUACUUCAACCAGUGUAGCUCAUCCACCGGCAAGAAUAGUAUCGGCAAUGAAACAAUUUGGGAUCAAGAAAAACCACAAGCAUCAAUUUCUAAUUGUAGGAACAUUAGUGAGGUGAGCCAGUGGUAA